GCGGAAGGUCCUCUUUGACCCAAUCUGAAUAUGAAUGCACUAUUAUAUCUGACUUUUCUAGUUAUGACCCAGAGUGUAGGCGGACAUGCGACUGAAACUUUCAUCUUACAGAAGGACUCAACUGUGAGGGUCCAGCCUGGACUCCCCACCAGUCUCGAGUGCCACGUUCUGCUAGAUGGGCUCUUUUCAAUAUUCUGGAUGAAGAUUCCUCUUAAUGAAGCUCCAGUCUGUAUAGCUACAGCUAAAGCAUUUGUGGACGAGGUGGCAAUGUGUAAGCAAUUUGUAAACCAUUCCAGAAUCAAAUCCAUUUGGAAGCAAAAGACUUUCAAUUUGUCAUUUUCAUCAGUGGAACACACAGAUGUGGCAACAUAUUUUUGCGGAACGUUUAGUUACGGACAUUUUUUCUUUGGAAAAGGGACUAAGCUGAUCCUUGAAGAACAUGCUGGUGCAGUUUCACCAAACAUGACAAUUAAAGACAAUGAAGUGACAGAUGGAAAAAUGCAAGUGUCUGAAUACCUCAUUCCAGCAUUAGCAGCAACUAACGGGGCAUCAAUACUUCUCUUCAUUUGGCUCUUCUUAAAAAAGAACAGAUCAGGUGUGACACAUGAAGCCAAGGAUGCAGAUGACAAAACAGAUGAAGUAAACUGCGCUGCUCUGACCUUUCACAACAAGCAGAGGAGAACCAUACAGAACAAGACCAAUGUGGACACAACAGUUGUAUAUAGAGCUGUAUGA